AAAGCCGAGACUGUGCGUCCCGGAAAUGAAGCCAGGUUGCUGGGCUACACCGGGGGCACGGUCAGAGGUCUUUAGGGGAGGGCGGCGGUCUGAAGAGUCCUGGCUGCCGACCUGCUGGGACCCAAAUUCCUUGUGGGAACGAUGAUAAGGAGCAGGUUUACAGAUCAGAAGUGCAAAAGCGGGCGAGAAGCGAAACCCAGGCGGGACAAGGGCUUUUGGAGGGAGGUCAAAGGGCACAAAGUUGUGCCUGCAGCUGUUACCAUAGUAACCGAGGACCGGAUGUGGCGAUCUUACGGUGCGACAGUCCUCUUCUCAGGCCUUCUGGCCCGAGAGCCUGUUGACUCUGUGACACACUCUGAGGAGCUGGUUGUGGUGUUUUCCAGCGAGCGAAGAAGAGAGGAAUUUUUUCAAAGCAUUUAUAGAAACGCAGCAAAGGGAAGGUGUGAGGUUGCCGCCAUGCCUGGCAGAGACAGAGAGAAGCAGUUUACUCCAGAAUGCGGCCGCCACAGAUGUUCUCCGCAACCUUCCGGAAGUGGAAUGGUGGGAGCUUCGGCAUUGCUGCCCACCGACCCCCCGGAAGCGGAAACAGAAUCCCCGCGUGCCCCUUCCUCACUACCUUCUAAAUCCCGCUGCAGCCAUUGCCGCAGCCACGAUGCCGAAACGAAAGAAGCAGAAUCAGCACCAGCCACCGACACAGCAGCAACCCCCACUGCCUGAGCGGGAAGAGACUGGAGAUGAGGAGGAUGGGAGUCCCAUCGGACCACCCAGCCUUCUGGGCCCUCCCCCCAUGGCCAAUGGAAAACCUGGCGACCCUAAGUCAGUUCUUCACAGAGGUCCUCCAGGAUCAAGGGGACCACUGAUUCCACCACUGCUGAGUCUCCCACCUCCUCCUUGGGGUAGAGGCCCAAUUCGGAGAGGCCUUGGCCCUAGGUCUAGCCCAUAUGGUCGUGGUUGGUGGGGAGUCAAUGUUGAACCUCCUUUUCCGGGGCCAGGUCAUGGGGGUCCCACCAGGGGAAGCUUUCACAAAGAACAGAGAAACCCUCGAAGGCUCAAAAGCUGGUCUCUUAUCAAGAAUACCUGCCCGCCCAAGGAUGACCCCCAGGUUAUAGAAGACAAAUCCGACCGCCCUGUCUGCCGACAUUUUGCCAAAAAGGGUCACUGUCGAUAUGAGGACCUCUGUGCCUUCUACCAUCCAGGCGUCAAUGGACCUCCUCUGUGAGACUGUGCCUUCCCAUCCAGGCUGGAAGGAGCUCUCUGUGACCUAGCGGCCAUGUAUUUCUCUGUAGCCCUGUAAUGGCUACUGUGAGGCUCUUCCAGCACCCUCAGUCAGUGACACACCCACCCCAUCCACCACCUCCCCAGUUUGGGGUCCAGAGUUGUGUUGCGUCACUGGUGCGCGGUGUAUGCGCUUUCUUCUGAUCCAGCCUUUAGAGACUUGCCUUUGGGACCCAUCUUUGCUCCCUUAAGUUGCCUCCUGGAUCUUCUUUCCCAUCAUCAAAUGACUGCUGAACAGGAAACCUCUUUGGUGCUGUUUCUUGUGCAUCUGUCCACCUGUUCCCCAGUACUGCCCUCAAUUCCUGAGAGCCCUGGAGCGGUUUCCUACCAUUCCCUUCUUUUAGCUGCUUGUUUUAAGUCCUUUUUAUGUGACAUUCCCUACCCCCAAUGUUGUCAGCUGCUUGUGAAACUCAGCCAGGUUGUCUAACCUGGGGUCAAGUUUGGGUGACUGGUGCAGUUACUUCCUAAAAGGCCACUCUCCCUGCUUUUGGAUUUCGUAGUUUCUCUGUCAGUAGCAUGAUCCCCACCACCGUGGUCUAUGAUCACCGUGCUUUGUGAAACUGUGCAUCCCCUUGUAGCCUCUCUCAGUGUCUGUGGCAUUUUUGUGACUUCCCAGCACUAGAAUAAGUUUUCCUGCCAAAACGAGUGAGGCGCUUGACGCCCUCUGGACUUUCCCACUUCCCAACAUGGAAGAAUUGUGAACUUUCCAUCAGACUGCCUCCCUGGCCCUCCCCAUUCUUCUCCUGUUGGUUACUCUGGGUCUGACACAGGCCCAUGAGAUGUCUUAUAAAGCAUCCAAUGGCUUUAUCCUACCUAGAUCCCUUCCAGCCCAUUUUACUUAGACUAUGUCAUUGUGAGGCCACCAGUCCUUUCAUUUGAAUUCUGUGAAUCUCCACCUUGCCUAUCUUUGGGUGGAACCUGGACAGUACUGUCGCCUUCUUCCAACCCUCUUCCCCUACAUCCCUGGCACUGGUUGUUUUCUGUGAAAACAGCAGUGAACAGGUUCAGUUUUGAACUGGCCCUGAGGAAACAGGUCAGGAGUUGUAUUGGCAAGAGGGAGGGAUGAGAGUUGUUGGAGAACUGAGAAUGAGGUGUUUUUUUUUUUUCUUUUUAACAUUUUUUUAUAUUAGUAAUAAAUGCAGUGGAAACCAGCAUUUUCUUUAA